ACAUGCUGGCGUGAGGACGGACUCGGAGCCUGGCCCUAGCGCGAAAUGGCGGGAACUUUCCGAUAACUUUCGUACUGCAAUACGUAAACAAGAAUAGCUCAAGAUUAAUUAGUAAAUUUCCUUAUAUUGGCAUAAAAUUUUGAUGUGAAUUAAUUGUUACAUAAAAGAGGAUUAUUUCACUUAGUUUUCAAGUUAUAUGUGGUUCAAAUAUUUACGUCUACAGUUUCUUUGUGGCGUAAUAUUCAAUAAAAAUUAUGAAGUCUAAUUCCAAAAAAUAUACCCUAUUAAAUUCAAGAUAAAUUUUCUCAAUUUCACUAAAAUGAAAAGACUCAAAGAAGAGUUUGAAUGCAGCAAGGUGUCAUAGACAAUAUCAAAUGUUCAUCAGAAGAGUUCGUGGCAUAGACAAUGCACAGCCUCCGAGCGGCUACAGCGUCGGCAAUAUUACAGAUACUGCUAUCAUUAUCAGCCGUGAGUGGCGUCAGCUGGGAGGAAUGGUGGACCUACGACGGCAUUUCAGGUCCAGCGUUCUGGGGUCUCAUCAACCCAGAAUGGUCGCUCUGCAACAAGGGCCGGCGGCAGUCUCCCGUCAACUUGGAGCCAGACAAGCUGCUCUUCGACCCAAACCUACGCUAUUUACACAUAGAUAAGCAUAGGAUAAAUGGGUUGAUCACCAACACGGGCCAUUCGGUGAUCUUCACCGUGGAAAAUGAGACGCGGCACCACAUCAACAUCACGGGAGGCCCGCUCUCAUACAAGUACCAGUUCCAUGAGAUCCACAUACAUUAUGGCCUGCACGACCAGUUUGGAUCCGAACACGCCAUCAACGGAUAUUCGUUUCCUGCUGAGAUUCAAAUAUUUGGUUUCAAUUCGCAGCUUUAUUCCAACUUCUCCGAAGCUCUACAUAAAGCUCAAGGAAUUGUUUCAAUUUCAUUACUUUUACAGCUCGGUGAUUUAUCAAAUCCGGAGCUAAGGAUAUUGACAGAGGAGUUAGAGAAUAUAAAAUACGGGGGCGCCGAGAUGCCGGUAAACAAAUUGUCUGUGCGGGGACUCCUGCCUGACACAGACUACUACAUGACGUACGACGGCUCUACCACAGCGCCGGCUUGUUUCGAGACUGUCACGUGGAUCAUCAUCAACAAACCCAUCUAUAUCACUAAACAACAGUUGCACGGGCUGCGGCGCCUGAUGCAGGGUGACGCGCGGCAUCCUAAGGCUCCUUUAGGAAACAACUUCAGGCCGCCACAGCCAUUGCACCACCGCGCGGUGCGGACUAACAUCGACUUCGAUUUGAGCAAGUACCCCGGGAAGACUUGCCCGAGCAUGCACCGGGACAUGCAUUACAAAGCCAAAACUUGGACACAGUAUUGAAAACCAUUUAAUUUACAAAUGGUAGGCAUUCUAAACUUAAUAGUUGCUAUGUAGAAAAUAUAUAUAUAAUAUAGAUUUUAAGAAAUUGUAUAUAACUCUUGUACAGUUUACUAAGUAUCCUGCUUAAAACUUGAGCUACAAAGUGUAUAAUAUUAUUAAGUAGAUAAGUCGCUGUAAUUUUGACUUGUAAUGUAUUUGUAGUUUCACAUAAUUGCGAGUAGAUAUUUAGAAAAUUUAUUGUGAUGAUAAUUAUGUUACUUGAUAUAAAUAUACUGUUGAAUUUGUUAUUUUAAAGGCCUCCUCGGGUAGAACAUACAUACAUAUUUUCGGAUAGAUUGUAUAAACCAAAAGAUUGGUUUAGCAAGAAUAAUAUAGGUAAUAUUUAACGAUAAGUUUAAAAUAUCAUAACAUUAGUAAAAAUGUAAAAGAUUUUAUAUACUAGAAGAGAUGAAGUAAGAUGCUUUGCUAUCUUAAAUGUUCCAGUAGAGAUUUUGUCAAUAAGUAAUUAUUUUGAAAAUAUUGAACGAAUUAAUAUUUAAACGACAUUCACUUUUUUAUAGUUUAUUGAUAUAUUUUAACCUCUAAUACAUAUCUAAUGUUCGUAACUUUAUUUCUGUAUCUAAUAUAGUAAAAUUAAAGUUCAAUAAUGAAAACAAUUAGAGACAUAAUGGAUCAUAUCAAACCCUAUAAAUAUAACUUAGCAAAAAUUGUAGUAAAUUUGUGUAAUAUUUUAGAACUAAUAUUGCUAUAUUGCGUCGACUGCUUUAAACAAGAAAUUUCUGUAAGAGACUUAUUCGGUUGCUACCAAUGUAAAAAUGGUUUUUCAUAAUCAUUGUAUUGUAUAUCGCCUCGCUUCUUGUAAGAACUUAUAGAAUUAAUAAUAUUAUUAAAAUAAAAUUAUUAUUAAUUGC